AGUCUGUCUGGAAGCUGGCUACAUAAUUAUGCCAUACAUGGCCAAUGGAAGUCUCCUCACCUAUCUCAGGAGAGAGAGAAAGAACCUCGUUUGCUGGACACUGAUGAAGAUGAGGUAGUGGAAGGUACGUGCUCCCAGAUAGCCAGUGGGAUGGAAUACCUGGCUGCCAAUGUGUACAUCCACCGAGACUUGGCUGCCAGGAACUGCAUGAUCAAUGCACAUUUCCUGAUCAGAUUUCGGUCUGACGGAGGAUGUGUU